CAGGGAGGAGCCUUUGAAAGCCAAAAGAAAAGAAUUGUUGGGAAACACAUAUAUAUGGCUGUACAUCUUGAACCUGCAUUAGUCUACCUCGUCCUCUGCCCUUCUGAAGCUAUCGUCAGUUCCCAGCGUCACCAUGCAAGCUGUCGUACUGCUGUGUCUGUUGGAGGCAGUGUUUGUCCAUGCUGUAAAUUACAACUGGGGUGGACCCACGGGCAACACAGAGAACAGAGGCGCCGAUUUCAACACGGAAGAUGUGUGUCUUACGGACCAGGCGUCAUGUGGAUGCUGUCUGAUGCAGCAGCAGAUACACAAGAUGAAGAUGUUCUUUAACAUGACCCUCAGUGAGCUGGAGAGGGACCUGAUGAAAACACAAACCGCCCUUAACAAUGUCAGAGCCAGCCGCAGCGCCUUCUCCGUCGCCCUGACCAAUACACCCAGUUUGAAAUGCUUUGGUCCCUUCCGUGAUGACAGGCUUAUUGCCUACCAACACGUCUUCAUCAACCUGGGAGACAACUACAACCUAGACACUGGCAUCUUCACUGUUCCCCGUUCUGGCGUCUACAGCAUCGCCCUCACCGUCUAUAGCGACGCCGGCUCACCUGGCAACACUCUGGCAGCGUGCGGCGCCCUGCAGGUUAAUGGGAACGUGGUGGCAGGGCCCAGAGAAAAAAAUAUGCAAGACCAAGAGGACAGCGCCACUAUUGUCGUGGCUCUUCAGCUGAACGCUGGAGACAAGGUGGCUGUCAACUUGCCCAUUGGCUGUUUCCUCUGCGAUGACAGCAGCCACUAUAACACUUUCACUGGUUUCCUGUUGUAUGCUACUGACUAAGUUAGGGAGGGGUAUUUGAAUCAAAUGUUAUCCUACUGACAAGAUUUUAGGCUAAUGCAUGAAAUCUUUCUGAGGUGAUAGUCGUGCUAGUUAGCCUUGUACUCUUAGUCAUAAACACCAUGCUUUCACCGUCAUUUUGCUUGUUUUAUUUCAUCAUUUUCCACUAUACUCUUAUCCAGCAUCACUUUUACUAUUUAUGAUAAUUGGAGAAUUUUCAAGCUUCAAAUCAAUCAAAUGUAAUUCUUCUAUGCCUGUGCCCAUGUUCUAUGCUGAUUCACAUCUGCCUAACGUUAUGCAGAAAUAUAUGUUUUUCUCAUUGUUUUUGCAGACAUGAUUUUGUGUGGUGGAAACAUGUGGUCUGGAAAAUAAAUUUGGAUUUCAAAAAAAUCA